UCAGCUGGAAUAGCAAAAUUGGUAGGCUCGGGUUUGAGUUUAUCGGGAGCAAUGGUGUUCGCGUUUGUAAAAGGGCCUCUAGUUAGGUUGAUGAAAUGCUCAGAUUCAAUGAAUUCUAAGGAUUCCAAUGAAAAAUGGGUGCAGGGUUGCAUGCUUAUGCUUCUAGCCAACUUUAUUUGGGCAUCAUGGUUUGUCAUGCAGGCACCUCUAGUGAAGCAGUAUCCAUCGAAAUUUCGACUGAUAAUGUUGCAGUGCUUUUUUAGCUGCACACAAUCAUCAAUUUGGGCAAUGGCUAUGGAGAGGGACAUAGCAAAGUGGCGAGUUAAAUGGGAUCUCAAUCUUUUCUCUGUCGCAUAUUGUAAAAAAUGGGUGCAGGGAAUAGUAGUGAAUGGAAUAAGCUUCUGGCUGCAGCUGUGGGCUGUGGAGAAGAAAGGGCCAUUUUAUGCAGCUGCAUUCACUCCUUUGAUUCUCAUCUUCACAGCUCUCUUCUCUCUUUUAUUAUGGAAUGAGAUGCUCUAUCUUGGAAGUUUUUGUGGAGCGAUAUUGCUGAUAGGGGGAUUGUAUUGCGUCAUUUGGGGGAAGAAUAAGGAAACCCAAAUCAAAGAAAAUCAAGAAAAAGUUGAUGCAAAAGAGGAAAUGGUGGUGUAGGGCACUAAUAUAUCAUGUUGAUGUGAUGUGCAUUUGCCCCAUUUUUGUUGAUGUUUAAUAGCAGUAUGUUUUAAAAACCGGACCGAUGGACGAACCGGCAUAGCUACUGGUUCAUGGUUCAACUGGUCCAACCGGUCAAAUCACUAGUCGAGCAGAAUACUGUAGCAACACAAA